AUAUGGAUACCAGCGAAAAUGCUGCUUCAGCUGCCGAGCAACAGCCAACACAACAAAUCGAUCAAUUAACAGUACCAAAUGCUCCGGAUGGAGGUUCUUCAGCUCCUGCUCCAUCUACUUCUCCCAAUUCAAUUUCGCCAUCAAAUCCGACUGGCACACCCGCUCCAGGUGCCAGUGCCCAAACUCCCAAUCCAAACGCCGCCGGAGCUUCAGCCUCGGGUUCAGCAAAUUAUAAGCUGAUGUGUACAUUGGAAGGACACACAAAAUCGAUUUCUUCAGCUAAAUUUUCCCCAUGUGGAAAGUAUCUCGGAACAAGCAGCGCGGACAAAACCGUCAAAAUCUGGAACAUGGAUCACAUGAUUUGUGAGCGAACUCUCACCGGCCACAAACUGGGUGUAAACGAUAUAGCAUGGAGUUCCGACAGCCGUUGUGUUGUCUCUGCUUCCGACGACAAAACACUGAAAAUCUUCGAAAUUGUAACGUCGAGAAUGACCAAAACCUUGAAAGGACACAAUAACUACGUCUUCUGCUGCAAUUUCAACCCACAAUCAUCGCUCGUUGUCUCCGGAUCAUUCGAUGAAUCCGUUCGUAUCUGGGAUGUCAAGACAGGAAUGUGCAUAAAAACCCUCCCAGCACACUCAGAUCCAGUGUCAGCAGUGUCUUUCAACAGAGACGGCAGCCUCAUCGCAUCGGGAUCCUACGAUGGUCUAGUUCGUAUCUGGGACACUGCCAAUGGGCAAUGCAUCAAGACUCUGGUCGACGACGAGAAUCCUCCGGUGGCAUUUGUAAAGUUCUCUCCAAACGGAAAAUACAUCCUCGCAUCGAACCUCGACAGCACUUUGAAAUUGUGGGAUUUCUCGAAAGGAAAAACCCUGAAACAAUACACUGGACACGAGAAUAGCAAAUAUUGCAUCUUCGCCAACUUCUCUGUUACCGGUGGAAAAUGGAUCAUCAGUGGUUCCGAAGAUUGUAAGAUCUACAUCUGGAAUCUCCAGACUCGGGAAAUAGUUCAAUGUCUUGAAGGACACACACAACCCGUGCUAGCCUCCGAUUGUCAUCCAGUUCAGAACAUCAUUGCCUCAGGAGCUCUCGAGCCAGACAACAAGAUUCAUAUAUGGCGCUCGGAUGUUUAAAUUGUUUAAAUUUAAUUAAAAUUUCGAAAAUUUGAUUUAUAUUUACCCCUUGGUCACCGUGUAUAUAUGCUUUUCCUUCUUGAUCUCCUAUAUUCCUUGAUUAUAGAGGCGCGGUGGCCAGACACUUUUUUUUCUGAAACUUCGUAUUUUCUGUCAUUCCUUAUAUAUUCUUCCUAAUAUAAAAAUCCAUAAAUAUUAAUUUCCGUG